UCUGUUGAUCCAUUACGGUGUCGUUUCCGGCUUCCGAUUAUCUGAUGUUACUAACGGCAGCUCCGUUUUCCUCCCUUCGCCGGCCGACGGCAGCCGUCACACAACCAUGCUGCUGCCGCUCUUUCCUCCGAAAGACACUUCACGCCGUGCGGAAAUCUCCCGUCGCCACCUCCAGAAGAGUCCUGCCAGUGCUCGCAUGUCUCUCCAUGAUGAUCUCCUCCUCAACGGAUACUAUACAACUCAUAUUUGGAUUGGAACACCACCGCAGAAGUUCGCUCUUAUUGUUGAUACAGGGAGUACAGUUACCUAUGUCCCUUGCUCUGAGUGUAAAAAGUGUGGCAGCCAUCAGGAUCCUAAGUUUCAGCCGGAAAUGUCAAGCACUUAUCAAUCUGUGAAAUGCAAUAAGGCUUGUCCCUGCGACCAUAAGAGGCAGCAAUGUAUUUAUGAGAGACGGUAUGCUGAGAUGAGUGCAAGUUAUGGGUUGCUUGGAGAGGACAUCAUUUCUUUUGGAAAUCUAAGUGAGCUUGCACCACAACGAGCUGUUUUUGGAUGUGAAAUUGCGGAAACUGGUGAUCUUUACAGCCAACGUGCUGAUGGUAUAAUGGGCUUGGGCCGAGGUGAUCUUAGUAUAGUUGAUCAACUUGUGGAGAAACAUGUAAUUAGUGACUCUUUCUCCUUGUGCUAUGGAGGGAUGGAUUUUGGUGGCGGGGCAAUGGUUCUUGGUGGAGUAAAACCCCCUGCUGACAUGGCAUUUACCAAAUCAGAUUUUGGUCACAGGUAUGUAUAGGAAACAAUUGUUUAGAGACACAGUGAUGUUAGGUCUCCUCCUAGC